CGAGACGAAGUUUCUGACCGUCAUUCAGUGGUGAAGCGAAAGCUGGCAUUUUAUUAUCAAUUAACAAAAACACAUAUAUAAUUGCUAAAAUGAGAGCUUACAACCAAUUGCUGUUCGCAGCAAUGAUUGUACUGUCUGCAUUUGCAGCAUGUACGGAAGGUCAUCCCCACGUUUUGGAAGCGGAGAAUCCGCCUUGCGAUCACGAAACGACUACUCCACCCUGUACCACGACACCACCAUGUAUUACAACGACGCCUUGUACGACUACACCACCCUGUACUACAACGACCCCUUGCACAACAACAACCUGCACCACGACAACAUGCACCACAACAACAUGCACCACAACAACUUGCACAACAACACCCUGUACAACAACACCACCCUGUACAACAACACCACCCUGUACUACCACACCACCUUGCACCACAACAACCUGCACCACAACAACCUGCACCACAACACCCUGUACAACAACACCACCCUGUACCACAACACCACCCUGUACAACAACACCACCCUGUACUACAACGACCCCUUGCGCGCAUCAAGAUACAACACCACCCUGUACAACAACACCACCCUGUACUACCACACCACCUUGCACCACAACAACCUGCACCACAACAACCUGCACCACAACAACCUGCACCACAACAACCUGCACCACAACAACCUGCACCACAACAACCUGCACCACAACACCCUGUACAACAACACCACCCUGUACUACAACGACCCCUUGCGCGCAUCAAGAUACAACACCACCCUGUACAACAACACCACCCUGUACUACCACACCACCUUGCACCACAACAACCUGCACCACAACAACCUGCACCACAACAACCUGCACCACAACAACCUGCACCACAACAACUUGCACAACAACACCCUGUACAACAACACCACCCUGUACUACAACGACCCCUUGCGCGCAUCAAGAUACAACACCACCCUGUACAACAACACCACCCUGUACUACCACACCACCUUGCACCACAACAACCUGCACCACAACAACCUGCACCACAACAACCUGCACCACAACAACCUGCACCACAACAACUUGCACAACAACACCCUGUACAACAACACCACCCUGUACUACAACGACCCCUUGCGCGCAUCAAGAUACAACACCACCCUGUACAACAACACCACCCUGUACUACCACACCACCUUGCACCACAACAACCUGCACCACAACAACCUGCACCACAACAACUUGCACAACAACACCCUGUACAACAACACCACCCUGUACAACAACACCACCCUGUACUACAACGACCCCUUGCGCGCAUCAAGAUACAACACCACCCUGUACAACAACACCACCCUGUACUACCACACCACCUUGCACCACGACAACCUGCACCACAACAACAUGCACCACAACAACAUGCACCACAACAACAUGCACCACAACAACUUGCACAACAACACCCUGUACAACAACACCACCCUGUACAACAACACCACCCUGUACUACAACGACCCCUUGCGCGCAUCAAGAUACAACACCACCCUGUACAACAACACCACCCUGUACUACCACACCACCUUGCACCACAACAACCUGCACCACAACAACCUGCACCACGACAACAUGCACCACAACAACAUGCACCACAACAACAUGCACCACAACAACAUGCACAACAACACCCUGUACAACAACACCACCCUGUGCAACAACACCACCCUGUACUACAACGACCCCUUGCGCGCAUCAAGAUACAACACCACCCUGUACAACAACACCACCCUGUACUACCACACCACCUUGCACCACAACAACCUGCACCACAACAACCUGCACCACGACAACAUGCACCACAACAACUUGCACAACAACACCCUGUACAACAACACCACCCUGUACAACAACAACUUGCACAACAACACCCUGUACAACAACAACUUGCACAACAACAACAUGCACCACGACAACAUGCGCCACAUCAACAGUCCGCUCUGCCGCAGCUAUAGUCGAAGCCACAUCAACAGUCCGCUCUGUCGCAGCUGCAGUGCAAGCCACAGUGUCGUAUCCAGAGCUGUUGUCAGCCGAUGAUUGCAUGAACGUGGCUGAUGGAACAGUCCUGACGGAUCCGAAACAUUGUCGUCGCUACUUCGUGUGCCGCAAGAAUAAGCCGAAGCGCAAGAUGUGCCCAACU